GCUGGCCCCACCCCCAGGUGUGGCUGGACGGGACGAUGUUGCUGCUGCUGGAGAAGCUCCUGGCUGACCAGGCCCUGAAGUUCCUUCACCAAGUAGUUGAUGGCAUAUGUGGCCGUGCAUAUUGUCGAUAUCAGGAUUAUGGCAGUGUUUGGAAUUUGGCAGAAUGGAUGGAGGUAUUAGAAGAAACAACAACAUUCUUCAAAACUACAGUUGGCAAAAAUCUGUCAGAUGAAGAGGCUGUUCAGCAGUUGAAUGAAUUGAGCUCAAGCUAUCAAGAAGCAAUCACGAAAUGCUUGAAAGGCAGAAAGGAAGAAAUCAGGCAUGCACUGGUAGAAAGCAUAAGUGCAAUCUCCUCUGCCCAGCUACAGGAUUUUGACUGGCAGUUAAAGCUUGCUCUCUCCAGUGAUAAAAUCUCCAUGCUGCAAAUGCCACUUCUCAAUCUUGAUCUGGAUGUGAAAGAAAAUGGUGAAAUUAAGCCAGUCUCUGUAGAAAUGAAUAAGGAAGAACUGCAGAACCUAAUAAAUGCACUGGAAGCAGCUAAUAAGGUCGUUUUGCAACUGAAAUGACGAGAUUCUGACUAUCAGUGACAUCUGUUGGUGAUGGUUCCACAAGAGACUGCAAAGAGAAUGGAGAUAUACUCUAUAAAGUGGGAAAGUAAUGAUGCUAUUAAAGUACUGAGUUAAGCAAGCAAUACUGAUGUGGACCAGAAGAUUUAUCACAAAUUUGCUGGAAAAAGAAAGCCUGCUGUCCACUAGACCCAAAACACAGUUGCCUUGUAGAAAAUGCUGAAAGUUGUAUAGGCCUAUGAAAGACUACAGUAGCAUUUAUGAAAAAUUUGAGUGCUGUGUUUGACUUUGGAGAGGAGAUUUUGCAGAUGUACAUAAGCUUGUUUUUGUUCAGAAUAAGAAAUCUUGCCUUCACAGUAACUUAUUACAUAACAGUGUAAUAUGAGUUGCUUUCCUGGGAAGGGUAAGCACACCUGUGUCCUGGAACAUAAAUAUUUGAUACUUGUGAAUAGCAAAGUAAUAAACAGUUGAUGCUUUACAUAGAUAAUGGCUUUUGAAAAUUUAAAAAAAUCUUUAAACAUUCAGAACCUUCUGACCUGUGUCUUGUGGGUUUCACAUAAUUGUCUUGAAUCUGCUCUGAAAACUGGACCACUGUUAAAGUUCUGAAUAAGAAACACGUGGCUUUCAACUGACAAGUG